UAGUUCUCCCGCCGGCGGCGCGGCCCGGCUCCCUUUCAAGCCAUGGAGGUUCCGGGAGCCUUGUCGGCGCUCGUCGCCGCCAUCGUCGUGUCGGCCGCGUCCGUGCGUGUGUGGCAGGUGGUCCGCCGCCGGAGAGGCGGCCCCCGGACGGGCCCCGUCAGCCUGGUCGUGGUGGCCGGCUCCGGAGGUCAUACCACAGAAAUCCUCAGGCUGCUUGGGAGUUUGUCCCCCGCCUACAGACCAAGACAUUAUAUCUUCGCCGAUACAGAUGAAAUGAGCGCUGAGAAAAUCUGUUCUUUUGAGCAAAACAGAUCGGAGAAAUCCUCCCAGACAGCGUACACCACACACCGAAUUCCCAGAAGUCGGGAGGUUCAGCAGUCCUGGGUCUCUUCCAUCCUGACGACCUUGUACGCCAUGUUUUACUCCCUGCCUCUGAUUUUCCGGCUCCAGCCAGAUCUGAUUCUGUGUAAUGGUCCAGGAACAUGUGUUCCUAUCUGUGCAUCUGCCCUUCUGCUUGGAAUUUUGGGAGUGAAGAAAGUGAUCAUCGUCUACGUUGAGAGCCUCUGCCGAGUAGAAACCUUAUCUCUGUCCGGAAAGAUUCUUUACUACUUUUCAGAUUACUUCAUUGUCCAGUGGCCGAACCUAAAGGAAAAAUACCCUAAAUCUGUGUACCUUGGGCGAAUAGUGUGACAAAAUCCAAACUUAAAUGUCACUAUUCGACAGAGUAUUUUGACGAUGAAGAAAUGAACUCUGCAUUUAAAAUAUAAAUUUACUGGCUGCUCCAAACCAAGAAUGAAAAUAUUUUAGUUAAGAAACUAAGGACUCUUUUUCAAAGUGGAAAUGCAGUUAAAAGAUGUAAAUAAAGUACAAAUAAUUACUUAGGGCUA